CAUGCCUACAUGGAAGGCACCUUUUGACAAGCACCAGCCGUGACUUAUUUGCUUGGUGUUGAAUCAUGAGUGCUGGCAAAACAAUUCUCAGGGAAGUCAAACAUUACUCCAAAGUUCCAUAUAUCUCUUCUCUGUUGCAUUCAGAUCCAUAGGCUCUUUCUUGCUGUGAUUAAAGUAAUGAAGCACGUCUUUUAUAUCCCUUGAAGUUCACACGGUCAGACAUAGACUUGAAAGCCACAACCGUCACCCAUGAUAUAAGUUGUAUGUAUUUUCAUUGUCAAAGCAGCUUCACGGCUAUCCCGCAACUUCCUCAUAGCUAGGCGGCUCUUGUUCAUUCUCUCAUGGUAGAUCGACCCAAGUGACGCGCGCCCUUCGUUGAUACACCUGAAGUUGAUACAACCCUCAAAACAUAUGCCACGAAAGGCAAGAUCUGCAAUUAAACUCCAUCAAUAUGGAGGUCGACCAGCAGCACUUCUGGCAUGAGCUUUUGCCAAUUCUAAAAGCCAUUUCCACUGCAAGCUUCGUUACAGUCGACGUGGAGAUGAGUGGGAUCUCAACCAAGUCACGAUACUCACCUAGUGGACGGUUCAACGAAACCGGCAAGCCGUCGCUUCAACAGCAAUACGAGGAUACGAAAGAGGCAGCUGAGAGAUACCAAGUCUUGCAGAUCGGCCUGACAUGUGUGGAAGAAGAUUGGAAGAAUGGAGUUUACACAGCUCGCCCGUACAACUUCAAUAUCAAUCCACUGCUGGAAGAUGGAGAUAAACUCGCUAUCUACCGUGACAUUACCCUAUCAUCAAGCUCUAUGCAUUUCUUAAGGAAGAACUGUUUCGACAUCGGCGCCGUCUUCACGAAGGGGAUAUCAUAUAUCUCCCGCAAGGAGCAAACCCAGGCUCGUCAAGCUUUCCUAGAGCGCCAAAACCGGAACAGUACCAUUCCGGAUAUCAAGAUCGGCCCCGGUGACCAGGUCACUCUCGACUUCUACCGCAAUGCCAGAAGGCAGCUGCUGGAAUGGACGGACCCCAAGAACAAGGACGUACGGGAUGCAAUGGGCUUUUAUAACGUCUCUGUGCCGGGUGGGCUAAGUGGCUAUCAGCGAAGACUGGUUUACCAACUUGUCAGGACCGAGUUCAAGGAGUACAGGGCGUUCUUGCCGAGGAAGAAUGCCGAUUUCGUGCAGGUGGAGAAGAUGGACUCCGCGAAGGAGGCUAAGAUUGCUGCUUCAAAGGUCAUAGCCAAUGAAGCUCAACUGUCCAAACAAGUUGGCUUCCGGUAUAUUUUUGAAGCUCUCGCCGGUGGCGAUCUCUCCGCUAUAGCCCCUAACUGGUUCUGUGUCAACGCUGCCGGCCAGUCCGCCUUCAUUGACACCUCCUUAAAAAAGCUCGAGCUAUCCAGCCUCGCCAAAGCCCUGGCAGCCAAAUCCCGUGUACUUGUCGGCCAUAACCUUUUCACCGACCUCAUAUUCCUCUACCACACCUUCAUUGGAAUCCUUCCCCCAACCGUCACGGAAUUCCAGGAGAAGAUCCACGCUCUAUUCCCUAUGGUCAUCGAUACGAAAUAUAUGGCCACCCGCGACAAACUCAUCGACGCGCGUCAAUCGUCCAGCCUUCAAGAUCUCCACCAAGAUGUGAAAUCCCAGCACAUACCAGAAAUUUGCCUCCCUGAAGAGUUCAGAUCCUACCAGAAUCGCCACCAACUCCAUGAAGCAGGUUACGACAGUUAUCUCACCGCGCAGAUCUUCCUCAAGCUCGCUGCCAAGUUAGAUGUUGGCCGUCCGAACCAUAAAGGCGCCACGCACACUAUGGACCCGUUUGAGCUUUCCACUGGAUCCGUUGAUAGCACAAGCUCUGAUGAGGAUAGCGGUGGCGUCGUACUCGACCCCGCGCCUCAUUCUGCGAACCGCUUCCAAGUCCUCAGCGAGCCGAGCCCGCUCAAGAAGAAGGCCAGACAAACGAGCUUGCUGGACUCGGAUAUCGAGGACGAUAUGGCUGGCUCGCCGCCGCUGGGGCAAGAUGGAGAUGUGAGUGUGCUUGCCGAUGCAGCCCGUGGGAAUGACUUUGCGCCACCCCUCACAGCGCCGUUUUGGCGGGUUUAUGCUAAUAAGCUGCGCGUGUAUGGGACGCUGGAUGAGGUAUGCGAGUUGGAUGGCGGCAGUACGGGGGACGUAGCACAUUUGAACUAAAACGUUAUGGAUCUGGAGUUUGGCACGUUUUCAAGGUAUGGGGUUCCGAAAUGAAUGGGGGAGGGGGGCGAUAUGGAGCUCUAAGGGUGGAAUGAAUGUGGGAUGCCUGGGCGUUAAGAGUAGUGGAUCAACAGAAAUCAUAGUCAUGGUUCCGCUUGAGCCUGGAUGAUAGUGAACAGACCAUACAAG